CGUGGUUCCCCAGGUUGCCCAAGCUUGCGCCAUGGCCGCGGCCACCGCCAGCCCCCCGGAGGUGAUCCGCGCGGCGCAGAAGGACGAGCACUACCGCAGCGGGCUGCGGAGCGCGGCGGGCGGCGCCCUGCACAGCCUCGCUGGUGCGAAGAAGUGGCUGGAGUGGAGGAAAGAGAUCGAGCUGCUCUCAGACGUGGCCUACUUUGGCCUAACCACACUUGCUGGCUACCAGACCCUCGGAGAGGAAUACGUCAGCAUUGUGCAGGUGGACCCCUCCCAGAGGCAGGUGCCCUCACUGCUUCGCCGCUGCGUGCUGGUUGCGCUGCAUGCCAUCCUGCCCUAUCUGCUAGACAAGGCCCUGCUUCCCCUGGAGCAGGAGCUGCAGGCUGAGCCUGAUGGAAGGCGGCUGUCACACGGGACCCUGGUGCCCGGAGGGCGAGGCCGAUCUGGGGUACAGCGCUGGGUGCGGCGCCACACUGCCACCCUGACGGAGCAGCAGAGGAGGACACUCCUGCGGGCCGCCCUCGUCUUCAGACAGGGCCUGGCCUGUCUCCAGCGGCUACACGUUGCAUGGUUUUAUAUCCAUGGCAUCUUCUACCACCUGGCCAAGAGGCUCACUGGAAUCACUUACCUCCGUGUCCGCCACCUGCCUGGAGAGGACCUGAGGGCACGUGCCAGCUACAGGCUGCUGGGGCUGGUGUCUCUGGUGCACCUGGCACUCUCUGCAGGGCUACAGCUGUACGGCUUCAGGCAGAGGCAGCGAGCCAGGAAGGAGUGGAGGCUGCACCGCAGCCUGUCCCACCGCAGGAACUCCUUGGAUGAGAGAAUAGCUCCCAGGAGCCCCCUGUGCACGCUGUGCCUGGAGGGACGCAGACACCCAACAGCCACGCCCUGCGGCCACCUCUUCUGCUGGGAGUGCAUCACUGCCUGGUGCACCUCCAAGACGGAAUGUCCCCUCUGCAGGGAGAAGUUCCCCCCACAGAAGCUCGUCUACCUGCGGCACUACCGCUGACCAGCACCCAGGUGGGCCCAAGUGGAUGGAGGAGCCCUGGAGUCUUGGAAUAUGGAAAAAUUAACUUUACUGGUACAGAAAUUAUAGAAUUCUCAACAUUG